UUUUGUACAAAACUUCCUUGUUUGUCUGGAAGUUUUUUACUUCUGCUCUGCUCCUAUACGUAUGUUUCUCAGUAUUACUGCGAGUAAAUAAAUGGGUUUACUUAGGGUGAAGAGGUGUAAGUCCUUUCAGGGUUAACAGUAUGCAUCUGAGAUAUCUGGCUUCUCGACAAUGGGUAGCAUCAGACCAUACUAUGCUAAUUUGCUGAGGGGAUGAAAAUCAAAUAAAUGAAAAAUAGUAUCAGACUUGUAGCAUCAAAGAUAUUACCUUGGAUUACAGAGGAAUCAUCUGUAUUGAAAGCAGAAUAUCUAAAGGACUGAUGUGAAGUAGAAUGCUCAGGUCUGCAGAUUUGGGGUGUUUCUGUGCCUGUUUCUGUGGUUCUUGCAUGUCGGGGAGAAAUGAACAAGUUAGUGACGUUUGGAAUAAAUAGGUUCUGGGCCAAGAUUUAAUGCAGGACAUGAUGUUAAGGCUGCAAGCUCCCAAAUGAAGGACACGCAGCUAGGACAAACACAUUACCCACCGAAGUGCCUGGGGAGGUUGAUUUCACUGUGGCAUGGGGAAAGACAUUUUGGCAGGGUGGGGAAUUAACGGAGACCCUGCUGCCUUUGGGGACCUGUUCCCUGCCGUUUACACCAUCACCGCCCUACACCCCCACGCGGCCAUGGGGCGGGUAGGCUCGAUGGCGGCCUCCAGGCCUCGCUGCUGGGCGGUGCGAGCCCUGCCGGGCUUUGUUUGGCCUAGCAACGACCCAGGGCCGGGCCAGGACCGGGCCAAAGCCGGCCGGGGCCCCUACCGCCCCUGCCGGGCUCACCGCCAUGAACCUGGCCCUCGCCAAGCCCCGCCGCCCCCCGUUCGGGCGCGGCCCCGCCGCCCCCCGCGCCCCGGGGGACAUGGAGCCCGGGGGCCGUGCGGGCGGCCGGGCGCUGCUCAUCACCCUGCCCGACAUCGGCGAGGAGGCGGCGGCGGAGGAGAGCGACGCCGAGGAGGGAUCCCGCAGCCCGCGGAGCCCCCCGAAGGGACUGUUCAGAAGUUCCACAAAUCAGUGUCUUUCAGGAAAAAGUGGAGAAUCUCUUCCAGCAGUUUUUGAGAGAAAUGUGCAGGAAGCCAUCAAUAACUACACUUGUGAAACGCUUUCAUCGCUUUCAUCCAGUGGUCAUACAACACCCACAGACUUGAAUAAUUCUUGGUCUGGAAUAAAAAGCUGUACUACCGGGUUAUCUACUGAAAGAAGUUCUGUUUACUCCUGGAGGGAUGAUGAAUUUGAUAAAGCCAACACACAGAGAGUGCAACAGCUAUUUUGGGAUAUUGAUGAAAUGCUGUUUGAAGGAAAAGUGACUUCCCAAACUCAGAGCCUGCAGGCAGAAUGUGCAGACUGGGUUGAGCGGUCUCUUCAUUUAAGAGUUAUAGGAAAGCAGCUCCUGUCACCAAACGACGAAGGCGUUCAGCAUUUUGAGAGCCCAAGUGAUAGCUCUGUGAAUACUAAGUGUUUACCUGGCCUCCGUGAAUGUACUGUUAAUAUAAAAGAACUCUGCAUUUCAGGCUCUAAACUGAUUCCGACAGCACCUCCAGUACACAAAUCACUAGAUUUAGUUUCUACUAUGAUUUCUGCCUCUGACUCAUCCAUGUAUUCAUUCCUGGAAGAAGAAAUCUACGAUGCGGAUGGAAAAAUAGAAGAAUAUCUUGCAUUUGACAACAAUGAACUUGAUGAGAGUUUGGAACAAAAGAGUACACAUCUUGCUGAGAAGAGGAGUAAGCGUGGCAUUCCCCCUGUUUCUCCCAAUGCCUGUAUCAAAGAUGUUGUGGCUUCUGAAGUAUUUGAUCAUAUCUGGAGCAAUGUAAUUGGAAUACUGGGGGAACUGAUUAAAAAAAAAUGGGAAACCAAUAUCACAGAGGACAAACAGGUGGAGAAACUGAAAGCUGUUACAUGUAAACUGCCACUUUUGCCUGUUGGUCGAGUUACAGCAGAUGCUGGCAGUGUCCCCCUUUCCAGAGGCUCUGAAGCACGAGGUGUAUCUUUUGGACCUCACUCUGUUUCAUCACUGCAGGUUCACCGUUUCUCUGGCAAUUUCUGUAGUGAUUUGAAUGGUGUGAUGACAAUUCAAGCAAAACCACUCCAACAGAGGCGCAUUCCCACAGCAGAAAAAAUACAGAAUGAGCAAGACAAACCACACAAGAAUGGCUCCAGUGCUCCAAAUUCAGUGUGCACUAGACUGGGGAGAAUUGCUGAUAACUCUGUUCUCUCAUCAUCUCGGGUACUGCUGGCAUCUUCUAUGAAGCUACCAAGCCAUUGUAGGUUACCUUCUCUCACUUCUGACCAACUCUCCUCAAAAGCUCCUAAUAUGUACAAUGAUGAAAUCCUUAGGGGGACUAAAUUGGUUGCUGGCUUGGAUCGUUUAUCUUCUGGUGGUGCACAUACAGCCCGAAACAAGUUACCACCUAUAAACUCAGAGGCUGUUGAACAGUAUCUUUCAGUCCCUCGAUUACAACAGAGCUAUCAUCGAGGAAGAUAUGCUUAUAGCAGAGUGUCAAGUGCAGUGCCGGGCAGUACAGAACAGCGGCCGCUCAGAGAACGAACUGUUGUUAUUGAUCAAUUUUCAAGGCCCAACACAACUCAUACAUUCAGGACAGACACACCUCAGAAAAGAUCACUGACUCCCAUGGAUUUUGCUAACCACAGAGGGACAGGCUCACAGCGUUACUACAAAUCCUUUCAGAGAAAUCCUUCGACCUCACGCAAGAGAUUUCAGAUUGCUUCUUAAUGUAGCUUAGAAAGAAACAGAAGCCUUCUACACUGAAUGGAAGAUUAAAGUGCUUAAUUUGCCAGCUAGUAUCUUGUGUGGCAAAAAACGUGCAGUUUCUGCGGAGCCUUGUGAUCCCCUAGAAUGCCUGUACUGACUUGUUCUGAAGUUGUCUAACCACAGGUUAGAUUAAAAAUUAGAGCAAAAUGAAUUAAAUGGUUGAGAUCCCAGAGUUUCAGGUGACUGCUCUUUUUGUAGUCAAGAUGCUGCUUCUGCGCUUUCUUCUCAGGCAUUCCUUCUCUUUUUGCCUUUCCUUAAGGAAUUGUUAUUCUACGUAUACAGCAAGUAAGUUAUGUUCAGGCCAUGAAGUCCUGAUCACAUUUUUCAUAUUUUCUCAGUGUUAAAGAUGUUCUGGUCCACCCAGACAUCAGUCAUAUAUAAAACUUAUACUUUUAAGUAGGAGUUUGACGCAGCUCCUAUUUAACUCCUGUUUUUAACAUUUAUGUAUUUUUACUCUGUCUGCUUAUCACAGUUGCUCUCUUGUAAAUAUUGUAUGUCUGUAAUUUCUACUUUUUCUUUAAUUCUUUUGAUAUGAAAUUAAUUCACUGUUUCUUAAACAAUUCUAUGUGUCAUUUACUGGAGAACUGCUGGGAUAAACAGUGUUUACAGGAAGCAGUGUUUUCCCUGUCAGGCCAAACAUAUUUGUAAAUCCUGAAUAAUCGAACCUGCAUGGUUACAAUUACCUCUUAAUAUUUUUUAUGAAAUAUUGUCUGCUACUUUACAAAUUAGAUUAUUAUUAAAUCCAAGCCUUCACCUUCAAAGUUUUAACACAAAGUUAUGUGCUUAUUAAUGAAAGCAUUAUUUGUGUAGGCCCAAAUGGGAAGGUCAAAGAGGAGACUGGAACUGUGUUCUGCCCAGAGAUCACAGCCUUGAUCAUGUCUCUGGGUAUUAAUACUGUGUGCAUGCACAGUGAGUGAUUCCUCCUUCCAUCAGAGCCAGCAGUUUAAGUGGAAGUGUUAGAAGAGCUAUUGAAAACAAGGAUGAGAAAAAAACAAGGAUUAGAAAAAUUUAUUUAUUUGCCCAAAUCAUGCAGUUAGAAAUAGAAUUGGUUUAUUCCAGCUGGAAACUAAUGAAUGCCAUUUCUCAUCACUUUUUUUUUUUUUUUUUAAAUAAAUGUUCAAGGAUUGGUAAUCCAAGGAAAAACAUUUUGAAAUAUAUAUAUAUUUUAUAUCUGUACUUUUAUGAGAUUUCUGGUUUGUAUAAAUGGUCAUCAAAUGCUGUAUUCUUUUGAGUAAAUGAAAGUGUUUUUAAAUUA